AUGGAAAUCAAAUUAAAAGAGAAAGCUUCUAAUCGGCCAGUUGAUGUGCUAUCUCAGCCCGUAAAGGCUGAAGAAAAGGACAAGGAAGGAAAUUUGCCUAGAAUAAUUUGCCAUGACAAAGUUUUCCAUUUACCAUCAUUCAUAAAGAAGAUAAUCAAACUAUUGGUGACCUGGCAUAUCUUACCAGCAGAUUGUAUUCCUAAUAGCUGCAUAAUUAACAUCUACGAGGCUGGUGACUGCAUUCCUCCACAUGUUGAUCGUCAUGAUUUUGUGAGACCAGUCUGCACGGUCUCAUUCAUCAACAAGUGUAAUAUUAUGUUCAGAACAGAAAUUCAGAUUGUUGGUGAUGGAGAAUUUCAAGGUUUUGUGGAGAUCCCUUUACCUGUAGGCUCGAUUUUAGUUCUAAAAGGGAAUGGCGCUGAUGUAGCUAAACACUGCAUCCCUGGAGUACUAUAUCCAAGAAAUUCUAUAACCCUCAAGAGGAUGAAUGAAGAGAAGGUGCCAUUCCGCUUUAGGCCGGAUCCUAAGAUAGAGUAUUUGCAACCUUUCGAGCUAUAA